AUGAAGAGAGUGCUCCUCACCUCGUCGCAAGUCUCCAUUAUCCUGACGAGCAUUGUCAUUUUCUUGUGUACUCUGGCGCUGUUCCUCAGUGGUUAUGUCAUUCAGCAACGGACAGUCAACGAUUUGCGCGAGGCAAUCCGGCCGCGGAUAAGGCCCGUGACGAAGCCACACCUGCCAGAGCGCUUCAAGGCACGCAUCACAGAGCUGGAGGACGGGUCUAUUGUGUUCUACGAAAGCGAGGCAGACGAAGAAGCCCGCGCACAGCGACAGCACAUUGAGAUCCCCGUAUCGACAAAUGACAAGGCGCCAGCGGAACCCAACGAGGCGCGAAUCGACCAGGAGGAAGAAAUGAAAAAGGCGACGCAGAAGCAGCGACAGAUGCUGCAGGACAUUCAGAGCAAAAUCGCCCAGCAGUCGUGGGCAGUGGAGAACCCAGACCCUUGGUCGAAGAGCAAAGUGCCUGUCGACGCAGUGGAGCGCCGUCAAAUGAUUAGAGAUGAAUUGAAGCGUCUCUCUAUGAGCGACGGGCCUGUUCCUUGGUCUAAGCGUAUCUGGUACUAG